AUGGAGGAGCUCUCAUCAAGGGAUAUCCACCCAACCUUCUGGCCAGCAUUCUCUCCUGACCUAAAUCCGAUUGAGACUGUGUGGAACAAGAUGAAGGACUAUAUAGAGCAAUUCUAUCCUGAGCAAGAGGGAGAGAGGCAACUUACAUAUGAUCAACUGCGUACGGUGGUUCAGGAGGUGUGGGAGUCAAUCACAGUAGAAGUGCUUCGAGAGCUCAUUGAUAGUAUGCCAGCUCAUUGCCAAGCUGUGAUUGAGGUGGAAGGAGGUCACACAAAGUACUGA